UAGGCGCAGCUGCACGGUCCCGUGCAAUGAGCUGGGCUGCGAGCUGGGCACCGCCACAAGCGAUAGGAAGGACCCGCAGCUGCAACUCCGGCAGCCGAGGGAGAGGCACUUGUACCCGCUGGACCCUGGCCUGCGCCUCUGCGGGGGGCGGCGAGGCUGGGGGGGGGGGGCCGCCCCUCAGCCCUGUCCAAUGGGAACCGUCCUCUGCUUUCCUUUCCCCGCCCCCAGCUCCCGGGCAGGGGGAGGCGAGCUGCGGAGCCGCCGCCGCUCUGAAGAGAGACGCGGGCGGCGCGGCAGGAGGGAGCCGCCGCCGCCGCCGCCGCCCCUCGGGCGACCCCGCCACACGCGGACACUGGCUGCCGGGCUUGCAAGGAGCCCCUCGGCAGCAGCGCAGCCGCGAGUGGGGAAAAGUUCUCCCCCGUCCUCCCCCGCAGGAGGCAGAGCCAUGGGCUGCGGCGGGGGGCUGCGGGCUGCCCGCUCCGCGCUCCUGGCGCUGCUGCUCGGAUUCUCGGCCCCGCCGCGGCUGCAGGCGGAGAAGCUGGGGGAUGGAUGUGGGCACAUGGUGGUGUAUCAAGACAGUGGCACUCUGGCAUCCAAGAACUAUCCUGGGACUUACCCCAACUAUACUGUUUGCGAAAAGAAAAUUCAAAUACCUCGGGGAAAACGACUGAUCUUAAAAAUUGGAGACUUGGAUAUUGAAUCCCAGAAAUGUGAAUCUAACUACCUUACUAUCCUUAGCUCUUCAACAAUACAUGGACCAUACUGUGGCAAUAUGAUGCCCGUUCCUAAAGAAAUCAUCUUGGAUACUAAUGAAGCAACUAUUCGCUUUGAGAGUGGGACCCAUGUAUCGGGACGGGGCUUUCUAUUAUCCUAUGCCAGUAGUGAUCAUCCAGAUCUAAUCACGUGUUUGGAGAGAGCAAACCAUCACAUGAAGAACGAAUAUAGCAGAUACUGUCCUGCUGGUUGCAGAGACAUAGCAGGUGAUAUUUCUGGGAAUAUAGUGGAAGGAUACAGAGAUACCUCCUUAUUGUGCAAAUCAGCCAUACACUCAGGUGUUGUUGCAGAUGAGCUGGGUGGCCAGAUCAAUGUGAUUCAGCAGAAAGGAGUAAGUCGAUACAAAGGCAUCCUGGCCAAUGGCAUCCUUUCACAAGAUGGCUCACUCUCAGACAAGCGGUUUGUGUUUACCUCAAAUGGUUGCAAUAAAUCCUUGAGUCUGGAAGAUGGAUUCAUCCCCAACAGCCAUAUUACAGCAUCGUCCUCUUGGGAAGAGACCAGUGAAAUUGGGGAAAGUAUUCAGUGGUCUCCUGACAAGGCCUGGCUUCAAGUCCAAGGGAUUUCAUGGGCUUCCAACCAUAGCAGCCACCGGGAGUGGUUGGAAAUAGACUUGGGAGAGAAAAAGAGAAUAACGGGGAUUAGGACUACAGGAUCCACUAUACUGAAGUUUAACUUUUAUGUAAAGACCUUUAUUAUGAACUAUAAAAAUAACAACUCAAAAUGGAGAACUUACAAAGGAAUCCUAAGCAAUGAAGAAAAGGUAUUCCAAGGCAACUCUAAUUAUGGGGACCUAGUACGCAAUAAUUUUAUCCCUCCUAUAGUGGCCCGAUACGUGCGCAUCAUUCCACAGACCUGGCACCAAAGAAUAGCAUUGAAGGUGGAGAUGAUUGGUUGUCGAAUAACGCAAGCUAACAACUCAUUUACUCACCCAAUGUGGCAAAGACCAAGUCAAAGCACAGGUGUAGCAGUUGGAAAAGAAGACAGAACCAUCACAGAACCCAUCCCGUCGGAAGACACUAGCUUAGGGUUAAAACUUACAGCUAUAGUUGUCCCGGUCCUAGCUGGACUGUGUCUGUUCCUGCUCUCUGGGAUUUGUAUCUGUGCAGCCAUACGAAAGAGAGAGGCAAAAGAAGGUGCUUAUGGCUCAUCUGAUGCACAACACACAGGUUGUUGGAAACAGAUCAAGAAGCCCUUUGUCAGACAUCAAUCAACAGAAUUUACCAUCAGCUAUAAUAAUGAAAAGGAGACUCCACAAAAGCUGGAUCUAGUCACAAGUGACAUGGCAGAUUAUCAACAGCCUCUCAUGAUCGGAACUGGGAUGGUAACAAGAAAAGGAUCCACAUUCAGACCAAUGGACACAGAGGAUGAGGAGAAGAAAGGUAGUUCAGAGAUCGAGAACCACUAUCACUGCCCGCACAGAGCUAGCCGUCAUGAAUAUGCACUGCCCUUGACCAACCAGGAGCCUGAAUAUGCCACCCCUAUUAUAGAGAGGCAUCUAGGAAGAGACAACACUUUUCCCUCUGAGAAUGACUACAAUGUACCUGUAAUUUCUUCUGCUCAUAAACAUUCCCUUUCUGCUGGCAGUUUCAGUAAUUCGGGUAGGACCGAUGUCAGGAAUGGGGACUAUCAAACACCACAGAGUCUAACAAACUAUGAUAAACCUAAAGUUAACAGUGUUUUGACCUCGGUGAGUACUGACUAUCAGAAACCGCAAACUAAUUCACUAGUGAAUGAGGGUUAUUCAACGCCCAGAGACUGUCUAAAAUCAGUAAACCAGACAGCAAUGACAGCACUCUUGUGACUUGCUGAUUUGAGAGAUUUGCUGCUCAAGUGAACAAUGUUACUAUAUAGCUACUGGAAUGCAUGUAUUAUAGUUUUAAAAGGAUUCCACUCCAGCAGCUAGAAGACAAACUCAGCCUGUGUAUAUAAUAUUGCAGUUCUGUUAUGUUGACACUUGAAGACCAGAGUACACUGAUAAUCACUGACUAUAGCAAGGGAAAAUUAUCAGUGAAGACUCUUUCUGUAACUGAUUUGUAAUAUGUGCAAUUUGUACAUAGUUUUUAUUUAAGAAACAUAACUGAGUUUUUUUCAUCAGUUUUGUUCUAUGUAUUUAAGUGGUAGGGAAAACAGCUCUUGCAGAAGUUCCUGUACAAAAAAUCUUAUGCUCAUCUGAACUUUAUUUUAUCUUCUAUUAUGUUAGCCGUCUUAAACUGUAUUCUCCUAUGGCUGUGGUGGUUCAUUUCCUUUCCCAUGGUAGCUGGAAAUAAGGCAUUUUUAUAGUUUUAUUCUUGAAGAGUGAAAGAAAUAAAACUACUUGAAGCAUAAGUGUGCACAAGAGGGUUUAUGAGCAAUUCCUGGUGAUGCUCAAAGCAAACUUAGCUACUUUUUUAGUAGCAGUCUUUACAUGCUUGGAUUUAAUUUGAUGUUAGGAUGUAAGAUGAGUCUGUCCAUGUUAUUGUUUAUCUAAAAGACAAGUGGAAAAGAUCUAAACCAGUCUUAGUUCAAGCAGAGUGUUUUUUGUUGUGGUGAUCACUGUAAUGUCAUCUUUUAAGUUUAGAGUUUUGUCCCUUUUGUCUGAAGUAUUUGCAGACCAGACAGUGCAAUGUGUAUGUGGUUUGCUAUGGCAUUUAAAAUUGUUGGAGAUCACAUCAGCAAAGUUGUUUUCAGAUAGGUUGUGGGGGUUUUUUGUUUUUGUUUUGUUUUGUUUUUGUUUUGUUUUUUUUUGCUGGGAAGGUCAUUCUGGAUUCUUGUUUGGGCACUAUACUUGCAAUACAUUGUGCAUUGGGACCCUUCACCCACCUGGAGCCUGCCUGAAAUUAACAGGGCAGGUUCUCUCUGAGUCACCUCACAGUCGGCACCCACCAUCCUCUCACUCUAAGCCCCGGCCCAGGCUUGAGCUGACUCAGCCUCCCUCAUGCCAAACACCCUCCCUCUCCAACCCGUUCCAGCUCGGCCCGAGCCCUGCCCCCGGGUGGCCCCCUUUGUCUUCAUCCAGCCCUUGUGCCCGGGGCUGUUUUGGUGCCUGGUGCCGUGGUGGAUGCAGAGGCUUUCCAUUGCAGUUCUCCCUGCAACACUGGGGCCUUGUUUCAUACUCAGAAGCGUAUUGUAAAAUGUCAAGAAGCCCUACUCUUGAUGGGAGGAAGAACAAUCUUGUAUUGAAGGCACAGAGCUGAGAACCAGUAAGUAGCUCGCAGUUCUGUUAACAGAUGUUUGGCCUUGGGCAAAUCACUUAGCUUCUCAGGAUCUUUAGUUUCCCCAUUCAUAAAAUGGAAAUGAUAUUGACCAGCCUCAGGGAGCUGUAGUGAGGCUAAAUUAAUUGUUUGUAAAGCGCUUUGAGAUCCUUGGAUGGAAGGUGCAGUAAAAGUACAAAGUAUUAUUACUAUUAUUUUAUUAAAGAACAUGCCAUACCUGGUCCUAAAACAAGCUCUUACUAGUUUUCCUGUGCUUGUUUCACUGUGCACGUGCUAUGGACUGGAAUGGUGCAAUGACCUUCUGCUGGUGCUGAACUAAACUAAGGGGGGUGGAUGGGGGUGUGUGUUUCUCGUGUGCGGAAAAGUCAGUGUAAUUAUGUAGCCUUCCCAUGUUCCUGUCCCUUCAAUUUCUGUGAAAUGUAUAAAACACUUCAAGUCCUGAAGUAAAACUGCAGCAGCCUAUUUGCUACACCACAUUGCCGUGGUAUUGUUUACUUUCUGUUGUUUACAUACAUGUGUAAAUAAAGGACACCGACCUUUGUAACUGUA